AUGGCAGUACAUGAACAUGCAUGGGAUCCCAUGGCAAUGGAUUGGUGGAGGGACAAUUUCUGGAUCAUCUUGGCUGUGGCCAUCAUCUUUGUCUCCGUGGGCCUGAGCAUCUUCCUGUUCUGUGUCUGCAAGAAAUGGGAAAUUACCAAGCCCUUGAAACAAAAGCAGAGAGAUGAAGAAACAAUGUAUGAGAAUGUUACCAAUCAUCUCUCAGUUCCAUUACCCCCUCUGCCACCCAGGGGUGUGCUUUCUCCAGAAGUUGCCUCCCCACAGGAAACCCCAAGUUGGCCACCAGCUGCAUACUCAUCAGUAAAUAAAGUUAGAAAUAAGAAGACAAUGGCCGUCCCAAGCUAUAUUGAGCCUGAAGAUGACUAUGAUGAUGUUGAUAACCCUGUACAUACGGGAAACCAUCGUCUUGAAACAACCGUUUCUUCUUUUUGA